UCAAGAAACAGCAGUAGUCGCCAGUAGUCGGCAGCAUUCACAAAUGGUUGACCUGUACAGUUGACUGUGCUGGUUGACCGAUCGUGCGAUAAUAAUCGCGCAUUUCUCUCUUUACACGGAUUGCAAACAUUUAUACUAACUCGAUUGUUAAAAUAUAUUGAUCUUAUGGGAAGUUAAUAAUAUAAAUGAAGGUGACGAAUAGAAUCGUUGAUGGGCCAGGCAUCACAUCGGCCAGAUUUUCUUACCUUGUGCACUCGGUGGUGGUUUGGUAACGAGCAGUCGAGGAGUCGUGAGCGAAAGUUUGAAAGUAGAAGAAAGAAACUUGCUGCUAUUGUUUCUCCGUAUAUUAACAAAGCCAAAACUCGUUUCGUGUACUCCGUACUACUACCUGAAAAUGAUUUUAAUUAUUAAUGCUGAUGACAACAUUCUCCUGCAACACGGUGGUGACUGAAGUUUCAAGCGGCCUAAUUCGCUUUGCCAAUAAUGUUUAAUGUGAUGUGCGAUAGAUGAUCUCUGAUAUAGAUUAGUGCAAAUGGAAAGUACAUUAAAAAACGUCUAAAUGACACAAAGUGUCUUAGCAUAGCGCUGUGUGCUACGGCCAAGCAUUGCUAAUCAUGGCCACGUAUCAAGUUGACUAUCAGUGGGCUUACUCUAUAAUGGAUUCAUCUAGGAUAUCCACUUUCCUAAUUUCAAUUCUACUGAUAGUCUAUGGCAGUUUCCGAUCCUUAAAUAUGGAACAGGAAGCGAAAGAAAGAGAAAAAGAAAAAGAACGUAAUGGGAUGUCGAGUACUAGUGGUACUGGAAACACAGGUGGUGCUAAUGGAGGAAGAAUCCAAACCUUAGAUACAAUGCAUGCUCUCUGUCUACCUCUUGGUGCUUCCAUUUCUCUACUCGUCAUGUUUUUCUUUUUUGAUAGUAUGCAAAUGCUCUUAGCAAUAUGUACAGCAAUUAUAGCUACAGUUGCUUUGGCAUUUCUUCUACUACCCAUGUGUCAAUAUAUAAUUAGACCCUGCACAGAUGGCAAUAAAAUUUCCUUUGGUAUUUGUGGAAGAUUUACAGGAGCAGAAUUACUUUCAUUUUCACUCAGCGUGAGCAUAGUAUGUAUAUGGGUACUGACAGGACACUGGUUGCUUAUGGAUGCAAUGGGCAUGGGCCUCUGUGUAGCCUUCAUCGCAUUUGUUCGAUUACCAAGUUUAAAAGUAUCUACUUUGCUAUUAACCGGACUUUUGAUUUACGAUGUAUUCUGGGUCUUCUUUUCGUCCUAUAUAUUUAGUGCAAACGUAAUGGUUAAGGUAGCAACUAGACCUGCUGAUAAUCCAGUAAGUCUUGUCGCCAAAAGAUUGCACUUAGGUGGCGUAGCUAGGGAAGCUCCAAAACUUCCUCUACCAGGAAAGCUGAUGUUUCCUUCGAUGCAUCAAGCGGGACAUUUCUCGAUGUUAGGUCUUGGCGAUAUCGUUAUGCCAGGGCUUUUACUCUGCUUUGUGUUAAGAUAUGAUGCAUACAAAAAGAGUCAGCUCUUGCCUGGUGGUUGUGAAACAGGAGUUCCACCCCCACGACACUUUAACCGUAUUAGUUAUUUCCAUUGCUCCUUAAUUGGCUAUUUUCUUGGUUUACUCACUGCUACUGUAAGCUCUGAGGUGUUCAAAGCUGCACAGCCUGCCUUAUUAUAUCUUGUGCCCUUUACUCUUCUGCCACUACUGACGAUGGCUUAUCUAAAGGGAGAUUUACGUCGGAUGUGGAGCGAACCAUUCAUAUCUCAACAACCUUCUAUAUACAUGGAAGUUUGACAAGAGUCAUGGCUCUUGAAAAAUAAUUACACAAGAUUCAUUGUCAUUGAAAAUUUAAAGUUCUGGUCUUUAUCGGUAUCAUUUUAAGUAAGUAAGAUUUUCCAUACAUGACACAUUCACGGUUUUUUAAUAUCCAUUAAUUCAUGAGAAAAGCUGACGACAUAUUCGACGACUAACCAGAACAUUAAUGUAGUGCACCUACAAAUUUAUCUUAUAUAGAAUUAAUUUUCACGGACAAAAACGUAACGUUAAGAGUGGAGUACCGGUUAUGCACAAGUUGUCUUUCCUUUUUCGUUUUUGUCUCUUUCUAUCUUUGUCUUUUUUUAUACAUUUUUUUAUACAUUAAAAUAAGGCAAAGAAAUAUUUUUUUUAAAUGUAUUUUCCGAAAUACCAGCCAAUACUCGUAUUUUGUCAGCAUUCUUUAUAUGUAUCUUAAAGUUGUUGGUGUCAAGUAUGAGUAGACUACGUGUGGUAGAUUAAAUUUACAGUAAAUAAUAAAUAUUCGAAAAUUUCUUAGAUAUGCUAAACUAUAAAUGUUAUUAAUUGGAAGAUUGAUUUUUAUUUGUUUCAUAUUUUCAAUUUUAUCGAUGUUAUUAUAAUUAUUAUAAUUAUUUACUUUUUAUUUUUUACGAGAAUGUAUGUGCAAAUUGAAAACAUUGAAAAAAUUGAUCUGGAAAUAUAAAUGAGAAAUACUUAUUAGUCACUCCACUCUAUUGUAUUGAUGCUUCUUCAGCUGCAAAAAUCAUUGCGUGUAGAGAUUAAUUAUUUUUUAUUUAAUAUUUAUGGAGCAUCAGAUGAAUUGUACGCGCGUAACGUCGAGUUACGAUUGAACUAGUAUAAAAUUUUGUUUAAAAAAUUUUAAUCGAAAAUUCAGUGAAUAUGUGUGAGUAGGUUGUGACUUUAUUUGAGAUUAGGUUAGUAAUAUAGGGAAAAAAAGCAAUGUUUAUGUAAAUAUAUCAUUUUCAUAAUUUAAAAGAAAAAAAAGGAAAAAAAAAAAAUACAACAACAGAAAACUCAGAGUUCCAGUUCGCUUUGGCAUUGUGAAUAAGCUUGAAUUAUAGAAUUUUCUUUCUUGUUCGUUGAACGAUACAGAAAUUAAAAAAUGUUAUUUAAUUUAAAAAAUUAAUCAUAAUACGAAAAUAACAUGAUUAAAAAGACGAACUGUAUAUUUGGGUUUUUAUUCCGAAGUAUACCUAAUUUUAAAGAAAAAAAUAAAUUCUUUGAGAUAGCUUCCUAAGCUCUUGCUAUGGAUAGGAUACUUGAAAGACUUUAUAUAUGUUUAUUUAAAGACAAGACUGAAAAUAAUGUGUAUAAAAAAUCAAUUUAUCGAGAGAUUUUUGAAGAAGAAAUUUUCUUUAAACCUUUUUUUUGCCCGCAUCAACAAUUUAUAACAUAGUAGGUUGACAUAGUGUAAUGCUAUAAUACAUAAUACUACAUUAAUGCAGUAUAAUACGAUAUAGUAUAAAAUAGUAUAAUAUAAUACACAGUAUGCUAUGACACAAUAUAAUAAACAGAUCAAAUCAUUCGCGAUUUCAUACAGAUUAAAUAAUCAGUGUUUAUCAAUUGAACUUACAUUACGUAAAGCAAAUGUAUAUGACAUUAACAAUUUUAUCUUAUAUUUCCUUAAAACAUAUAUAUAUAUAUAUGUGUGUGUAUAUAUAUAUGUUAUUAUACAAUAUAUUAUGUUAUUAUAUAUUGUAACAAAUGUUGAAAGAUUUAUUUGUAUAUCAUGAUUCUAGAGUUUAAUUUUACGUUUUCGAAAUAAGUAUAUAAUUUUGCCAAGAUUGUUAAAAUGCGUUUAAAUCAAUCGCGUUAAUUAAAUAUACAUGAUGCGCGUUGCAAGGGUCUCCUGAAAGACAAUUGCGAAUAUCGAAGAACCUUUUUAAACGUAGGUUAUUAUUAUUCGUGCACUUUUGCGUACGAUAUAUCUGCAAUAUUGAUAUAACUAAUAUAUCGAGCGGUUUGGCACGCUUCCUUCUGAGCGCACCUCUUUAUAUUUUUUAAACAGUACUUCCUUACGUUCGUAAAAAAGUAACAGUGGUAGUAAGCGAUAAAUUAUUUUGUACAGUAGCAACGUAAACCAAAAAGUAUUUCAUUUUCUUCCUCAUAUGAUCGUUAUUGCAUAUGUGGUUUUUAAAAUAAUAAGAAUAGAAGAAAAGGAAGAAAAAAAGAAAGAAAGAAGAUGAAAAACUAAU